CGCUCUGAGGUGUGUGGGGCUUACAUCCCCAGGGCCCGGUGAGGCGCGGCGCGGCGCGGCGGGAUGCGGCGGCGGCCGUGGCGGGGCCGCGGGCCGGGCGGGCGGGUGCGGUAAUGAGUGUCAGCGGCCGCCGCCAUGUCCAAGGUAACGGCGCCCGGGCCCGGGCCGCCGGCGGCGGCAGGCGGGAAGGAGAAGCGCUCCUUCAGCAAGCGGCUGUUCCGGAGCGGCCGCGCUGGCGGCGGCAGCGCCGGGGGCCCCGGGGCGCCCGGGCCGGCCGCGCCCUCCUCGCCUUCCUCGGCGCGCUCGGUGGGCAGCUUCAUGAGCCGCGUCCUGAAGACGCUGUCCACGCUCUCGCACCUUAGCUCCGAGGGCGCCGCCCCGGACCGCGGCGGCCUCCGCAGCUGCUUCCCGCCGGGGCCAGCCGCCGCGCCCACGCCGCCGCCGUGCCCGCCGCCGCCUGCCUCUCCUGCGCCGCCCGCCUGCGCCGCCGAGCCGGUGCCCGGCGUGGCGGGACUCCGCAACCACGGCAACACGUGCUUCAUGAACGCCACGCUGCAGUGCCUCAGCAACACCGAGCUCUUCGCCGAGUACCUGGCACUGGGCCAGUACCGGGCGGGGCGGCCGGAGCCCUCGUCUGACCCCGAGCAGCCUGCGGGCCGCGGCGCGCAGGGCCAGGGCGAGGUCACCGAGCAACUGGCGCACCUGGUGCGGGCCCUCUGGACCCUGGAGUACACCCCGCAGCACAGCCGCGACUUCAAGACUGUUGUGUCAAAGAAUGCACUGCAGUACCGGGGAAAUUCUCAGCAUGAUGCUCAGGAGUUUCUGCUGUGGCUUUUGGACCGAGUUCACGAAGACCUCAACCAUUCAGUGAAGCAGAGUGGCCAGCAUCCUCUGAAGCCACCGUCAGAGACUGAUAUAAUGCCUGAGGGACCAUCUUUCCCUGUCUGUAGCACUUUUGUACAAGAACUCUUUCAAGCGCAGUACAGAUCUUCUUUGACAUGUCCUCAUUGUCAGAAACAGAGCAACACUUUUGAUCCAUUCCUCUGCAUUUCUUUGCCAAUUCCACUACCCCACACAAGGCCUCUCUAUGUCACUGUAGUGUAUCAAGGGAAAUGUUCUCACUGCAUGAGGAUUGGUGUGGCUGUGCCUCUGUCUGGGACUGUCGCCAGACUUCGGGAAGCAGUGUCUAUGGAAACAAAGAUCCCCACUGAUCAGAUUGUGUUAACGGAAAUGUACUAUGAUGGGUUCCAUCGUUCCUUCUGUGAUACAGACGACCUGGAAACAGUCCAUGAAAGCGACUGCAUUUUUGCCUUUGAGACUCCUGAAAUAUUUAGACCUGAAGGAAUUCUCAGUCAGAGAGGAAUUCACUUAAACAACAACCUAAACCACUUGAAAUUUGGCUUGGAUUAUCAUAGACUGUCUUCUCCUACACAAACAGCAGCAAAGCAAGGGAAAACGGAUUCACCCACCACAAGAGCAGGCAGCGACAAGAUUGUCCUGUUGGUGUGUAACCGAGCCUGCACUGGGCAACAAGGGAAAAGAUUUGGACUGCCUUUUGUGCUGCACUUAGAGAAGACAGUAGCUUGGGACCUUCUGCAGAAGGAAAUCUUAGAGAAGAUGAAGUAUUUCUUGAGGCCCACGGUUUGCAUUCAGGUGUGUCCAUUCAGCUUGCGUGUGGUCAGUGUUGUUGGAAUAACAUACUUGCUGCCCCAGGAGGAGCAGCCCCUGUGCCACCCAACAGUAGAAAGGGCAUUAAAAUCUUGCGGACCAGGUGGCACCGCUCAUGUGAAAUUAGUAGUCGAGUGGGACAAGGAGACAAGAGAUUUCUUGUUUGUAAAUACUGAGGAUGAGUAUAUCCCUGAUGCAGAAAGUGUUCGUCUGCAAAGGGAGCGUCAUCAUCAGCCUCAAACCUGCACUUUAUCCCAGUGUUUCCAACUCUACACCAAAGAGGAGCGGCUUGCCCCUGAUGAUGCCUGGCGUUGCCCACAUUGUAAGCAGCUGCAACAGGGAAGCAUUACGUUAAGCCUGUGGACUCUGCCUGAUGUGCUUAUUAUACAUCUAAAGAGAUUUCGGCAGGAGGGAGACAGGCGCAUGAAACUUCAGAACAUGGUCAAGUUCCCCUUGACUGGCCUGGACAUGACACCUCAUGUGGUUAAGAGGAGCCAGAGCAGCUGGAGCUUGCCAUCCCAUUGGUCCCCAUGGAGACGGCCCUAUGGACUCGGGAGGGACCCUGAGGACUACAUCUAUGACCUGUAUGCUGUGUGCAAUCACCAUGGCACCAUGCAAGGGGGGCACUACACAGCGUACUGUAAGAACUCUGUGGAUGGCCUCUGGUACUGCUUUGAUGACAGCGACGUGCAGCAGCUGUCGGAAGAUGAGGUCUGCACGCAGAUGGCAUACAUCCUCUUCUACCAGAGGCGGACAGCCAUCCCGUCGUGGUCAGCCAACAGCUCGGUGGCAGGCUCCACGAGUUCUUCCUUGUGCGAACACUGGGUGAGCCGGCUCCCGGGCAGCAAGCCAGCCAGUGUGACCUCUGCAGCUUCCUCCAGACGCACCUCCCUGGCCUCGCUCUCUGAGUCCGUGGAGAUGACUGGAGAAAGGAGUGAAGAUGAUGGAGGCUUUUCAACUCGACCUUUUGUGAGAAGUGUCCAGCGUCAGAGUUUGUCAUCUAGAUCUUCUGUCACCAGCCCCUUGGCCGUCAAUGAAAAUUGCAUGAGACCUUCGUGGUCCCUGUCUGCUAAGCUGCAGAUGCGCUCCAAUUCUCCAUCCCGAUUUUCAGGGGACUCGCCGAUUCACAGCUCUGCCUCCACCUUGGAGAAGAUUGGGGAGGCAGCGGAUGACAAAGUCUCCAUCUCUUGCUUUGGCAGCUUGCGGAACCUUUCUAGCAGUUACCAGGAACCAAGCAAUAGUCACAGUCGCCGUGAGCACAAGGCUGUGGGCCGGGCUCCUCUGGCUGUCAUGGAAGGUGUGUUCAAAGACGAAUCUGACACCCACAGAUUGAACUCCAGUGUUGUAGAUACACAGAGCAAACGUUCAGCACAAGAGGACCACCUGCCCCCAGUCUCUGAUCCAUUCGAUAACAAUAAUCAGAUCGCUUAUGUGGAUCAGAGCGACUCUGUAGACAGCUCUCCAGUCAAAGAGGUGAAACCUCCCAGCCACCCAGGCUCACUCGCCAAGAAACCAGAGAGCACAACCAAGAGGUCCCCCAGUUCCAAAGGCGCUUCCGAGCCAGAGAAAAGCUUGCGGAAGGGGAGACCAGCUUUGGCAAGCCAGGAGUCAUCCCUUUCAAGUACAUCCCCUUCUUCUCCUCUUCCUGUAAAAGUCUCCCUAAAGCCGUCCCGCUCCCGCAGCAAAGCAGAGUCUUCUUCCAGGGGCAGUGGACGGCAUUCAUCCCCUGCCCCUGCCCAACCCAAAAAGGAGUCAUCCCCGAAAUCUCAGGACUCCAUGUCAUCUCCUUCGCCACAGAAACAGAAGUCAGCCUCAGCCCUUGCCUACACUGCUUCCUCCACAUCUGCCAAAAAGGCCUCAGGCCCUGCCACAAGGAGCCCCUUCUCGCCUGGGAAGAGCAGGACUUCAGACCGGAGCUUGAGUAGAGAGGGCUCCAGACAAAGCUUGGGUUCUGACAGAGUCAGCGCCACCUCUGCCUCCAAACCCAACUCCCCUCGUGUGAGCCAGGCCCGAGCAGUGGAGGGCAGGGGGGCCGGGAAGCAUGUGCGGAGCUCCUCAAUGGCCAGCCUGCGCUCCCCCAGCACAAGCAUCAAGUCUGGUCUGAAGAGGGACAGCAAGUCUGAGGACAAGGGGCUCUCCUUUUUCAAAUCAGCCUUGAGACAGAAGGAAACCCGGCGCUCAACGGAUCUUGGCAAGACAGCCUUGCUGUCUAAAAAGGCUGGUGGGAGCUCUUCUAAGUCCGUCUGUAAGAACACCGGGGAUGACAAGGCAGAGAAAGGCCACCAGCCUUCAGCUUCCCAGCAGCCAAAUGCAAACGCAAAGGGAAAAGAGCAGCUUGUCUCCAAGGACCCUGCUUCUGCCAAACAUUCCCUGCUGUCCGCUCGCAAAUCCAAGUCUUCCCAGCUAGACUCUGGAGUUCCCUCGUCUCCUGGUAGCAGGCAGUCUGCCGAGAAAUCUUCAAAAAAGUUAUCUUCUAGCAUGCAAACCUCUGCACGGCCUUCUCAAAAACCUCAGUGAUAUUUCUGCAAUCAAAGUGUUUUGUCUGUAAAGAUGUUUAUUUAUUUAGAACCCCUCCCCUCCCACCAGUCCCCUGUGCUUUUGUUUUGUAUUUUUUUGAGUCACAUGCCUGACUGUGCAUGUGUGUGUGUGUGUGUGUGUGUGUGUGUGUGUGUGUGCGCGCGCCUGUGUGUGUCUGUAUGUGUGUGUGUAAUUCAACUGCAAAUUGUUCCAAGCGUCGCCUUAUUCUGCCAUUGAACCAAAUAACAGCCAUAGGCAAAACAUUGACACCAAGCUAACUGGAAUAAUCGUAGACAAUACCCAGGACAGUCCCUUUAGCAAUUGUACAUAUUUCUUUCUAGAGAACUCUAAUGACUUUCUUUGGAUAUGAGGGUUUUGAAACCUGUGAACCAGUAAAGCCACCAUUAGUGCGUAGAAGGAGGAAGGAACUGACUUGUGUUUCUUCUGAGCAGGACUUGUCUUUACUGUGGAUUGUCGGGUGGCACCAGGAGCUCUACAAACUGUGACUUUAACAACGAAACAAAUUGAGGGAAAAACUGUUGCUUUCUGCACUUUCGCCCCAUCUCCCAGUCUUUGUAAAGGGCAAUAUUUUAACACUAAUGUUUCUCAGGUAUAUACUCAGCUAGUCUAGGGUGGAUGCACACCAGUAAAUGGAUUAAAGACGAAGGUGCCAUGUGGGUGACUGUGUCAUUUCUCCUACUGCCACAGACAGAUGUUUUUGAGGUAGAAAUGAAGCCUUUCACCACCUUCAUAUCUGCAGCGACGUGUGCACCAAAACCUGUGUUGACCCUUGGGAUAGGUCCUGAGAGGUGGCAGAUCGGAUAGCCAGAAAGCCAGUCAGUCACUCGUUUAAUUCUUUUUUUCCUUCUAAAAUUACUAGCUAAGGCCGUUGGAAUUUUGCACAGUAGUAGAGCAGUUAACACCUUUGACAGAUUCCUGGAAAAAAACUUCUGGAUUCUAAACUGGGUGAAAGACUGGACAUCAUUUUCCUUGUCAGGUGUUGCUUGUUUCCAUUAGAGGUGGGAAGCUCCACGAUGCCCUGUGUCUGCGGGCUCACGUUCCCUCAUCUUGUAACUUGGAGAGGAAGGACGUUGCCUACUGCCAAAAGCCAAUGGUGGUAUGUUGAAGCGAUGUGUGAUCACGUAUUACAUACACACUUCAGAUCCUGUCUGUCAGUCUCAGUUAGGGCUGCUUUUAACUCAUUUAUUAUUUCUUCUUUGUUCUCAAGAUUUCGUCUCAUGCCCAGAACUCACAAGCAGGCUUUGGAGUGUGUUCCAUCUGGCCGUGUCGUGCAAAUUGCAUUUCUUACUAGGAAAAAGGAGAACCUCCCCAAAAAACUCACAGAUAAGCAAAAUAUAUAGGUUUGCAAGUUUUUGAGAGGUCUCCUGGCAAUACUUUCCUGCUCAAUUUUUAGCUUUUUUUUUCUCUUUUUUAAAAAAAGGUCAAGAGAAUGAGGGUCCCAAUUCUCUCUAAAUAGUAUUUGUCACUUUGCCACUAAAUACAGCAUGCUAAGUUUAUGUGCUUUUAAAUAUUAGCGUUUUUCGUCAGACUCUUGAAGUUCUUCUUGAACCCUUGGUUUCCAGAUCCAUAUAUAACCUCCCUUUUCAGUAUUGCUGUGUGAAGUAACUAUAACACAUAUGCAUGCAUAGCUAUGAAUUCUACAUUGCCUUUUUUUCCCUCCCCCUCCCCCCCAGAGAAUAUCUCUUGGGAAAUGUUUUUGGUAGGUUACUUAACUUUAUUUUGCUGCUAAUUUGAGCAUGAGCUGGUAACUUGGAAGUCUGGAGGCCACUUAUGUUGAGGGUAGCUGGAAUUGUAGACCCCUGGCAGUAUUUAAGAUUUAGAUACUCAACCUUGUGAAAGUUACCACAGUGCUUCCCGUGAUUCAUUGACUAUGAGCCCAUUGUCCAUUGCACUCAGCCCUGUACUCGCCUCUUAACUCGCUCUCCUCAUUUUAUUGUUCAGAUUCUGGUGGGUUCUCAAAGCAGCACUACUCUCCUGUGCUCAGUACAGCUGCGGCAACUGGCUGCCUUCGAUGUUAUCAUUGCUUGCAGCCCAGCACGUCACAGCCCCAUCGGUGUUUAGCCACCACUCUCAUUUUCUGUAUCGCUUUUAUCUCCUGAAAAAGACGCAGCAAACAUCAGAUCAUAUCAGAAAUUGAAUGUCUGUCUUGUAUUUGUUUAAUAGGUAGAUCUCAUUUGAAGUCUCCUACCUGAAGCUCCGAAACAGUUUGAUUAGGCAAAGGAUUUUAAUAACAAUUCUUUUUUGCUGUAGUCAGUUAAGCAUUAAUAGAAACUAGUUUAAUUUUCACAGUGGCAAAUAUUUUUAUUCUUGAGUCAUGUAGGAAUGGAUUUUCCAUGCUGUCUAGUGACUUUAAAAAAAAGGAAAAAAGUUUCUACAAAUCCCUUUGGUUUUCCAUGGGAUCUAGAAAUAAAAUUUCGGUGUCUAUAAACUGUAUGUCUGUGGAGUUUAGUCCUUGUUUCAGGUUUAAUAGGAAAAAAUCAGGAAGUAUGGCACUGUCUAGACAUCUUGAAGCUAUUAUAUUUCCAUGGUUGGUAAACAGUGAAAAUUUUAUUAUCUGUAACUACUGGGUACAACUUUAGGCCACAGGAAAGGUUAUUUGGCCCAGAAGAUGGGAGGUGCUCCAGAGGUGUGAAAUAUAGGAAAAUUGUUACUUGAUUCAACAUAGUUCAUUGGUAGGAUUAGGGACUCAUUUUUUUUAUUUUUUAAAUUUUCCCAAUGAUAUUUAGCAAAUAAACAUGUAUGUGCUUUGGGGUUAAAAAUUAUCUGCUAAGGAUGAUAGUCCUGGGUUUCUGGUUGACAACUAGAUGGGCCUGAUUAGAGCAGUCAUUUCCUGGUAGGCACAAAAUAAUCACCAACAGUAAGGUUGUAUCUGUAAUAUUUGUUUGCUUUUUUAAAAAAGUUUAAUUCUUGAUUUCCUGUAAACAUCCAUCGUGCUGAGGCCAUAUCAUUCCUUAAAAUAGCCCUAUACCUUGCCUUGGUAAUCCCUUAGACAAUGUGGAAACUCAAACCAGUAGGUUCCAAUCAUCUUAUACUGUUUCCCAUCCAUUUUAUAUUUUCUCAUCCUAAAAGCAGCCAAACUGAAAGUAAGUAAUAAUAUGCUGGAUCAGUGGAAACGGAUGUGGGAGUAUUUGUGGUGUGCUAAAAUAUUGUAAUUAUCUGUGAGGCUGCCUGGCAUGCUUUUCAAUGUUGCUUUCAUCAUUCAUUCUGCAAACAUUCGCAGAGGGCCUGCUUUGUGCACAAAGGCAAAACUGAAAGCUUCAGGGAUUUGCUGUAGCUGAGGAGCCCUGGGAGCACAGCCCAUCAAGCAGGGGAUGUGAUGGUGUCCUAAAUGGAGUGACAGUUCUCCUGGACAAAGAGAUCACGUGGAUUCCGGUCAAAUCGGCUAAGGCUUGUGGUUUUCUUGAACAAGUCUGUUCCCUCUGGAAACCAAAAGUGCCCUUCAUCUUUGGAGACGUUUUACUCUUACAUCCACCUUUUCAGACUGAGCUGUCUCUACUAUUUAGGGAUUGAAAAUCCAUUACACAGUCACUUUACGUUAACAUUGGGUCAUCUGUGUUUCUGUGAGACAGAAGUGGGAUUUGAGGGGAGCAUUGUCAUUCCUCUAAAGUAACUAUCAUGAAAAAAAUAGAAGCAGUAUGUAAAGGGACCAAGAGUGUUAGCCUUUAGGGAAAAUGGGACAGAGAAGAGCUGUGAACAAAGCUCAUUCAUUUGAAAUAAAUGUGCUUUAUUUCAUAUGGAGGAGCAUCAAACGUUACAUUUCAUUCGGACAAAUUACUGAACAGCCGAAGUGAUUGUUUCCUAUGUAGGUUACUAUAUUACUGGAUACAAAGAUAACUAGUGUUUUUCUGGGUUGGAUUUUUAAAAUAGUAUGCAAAUCAUAAGCACAGUUUCCAUAAAACACGUAUUCUGGA